CAGACAUUCUGCUGGGUUGUCGGUGCACUUGAGCAAUGCAGCAGGCAUGUCCCAGGCUAAAACCGGCCUCGGUAAGCUGCAGGUGCCGCAGACCGGAGCUGCAGCUUCGAAUGCUCCCUCGCGCAGCAGUUCUAAGAAAUUAACGCGAUCGGGUUCCAAGUUGGGUGGUCCCAAAGGCUCCAAGGCAUCUUCGAAGCAACCCAGCACCGUGGACGAUGCGGAUCGCCUCCCUGGCGGCUGGGUGAGUUCCGCGGAGCGUUACAAGUUCUUGCAGAAGGUCCGUCGCGAUGAAGGCUACAGAGAAAACGAGAGAGAAGAGCGCCUGGAGGCUUUGAUGGAGGCGAGAACACACGCCCUGCGUCUGCAGAAUUGUUGGCCGCUCUGGGAGGAUGAACAGGUUCGCAAUAGUCUACUUGAUGCGAUCCAAGCACCCAAUCCUGAGAGGGGCAAAAGUCUCUAUGUGGAUGAGGGUCCGCCACCGAACCAUCCUUCGGUGCGGACAGCUGCACUUGGCAUUCUGGUGCAGCUGGCCUUAGAUGAGGCAGUUCGAGAACACAUGGCGCAAGAUACACUGCUGAGAGAGAGUUUGGUCGAAGCCUUGCACCUGGAGCCGCCGGUGGCCGAAGCCGCCACGGAGGCCACGGUGGAGGCCACGGCGGAGGCGUCCUCGCGGCCUGGGACAGGGACGGCAGGUCAAAAAGAUGAGGCCGAGGACUUGACACCGCCGAUACCUGUCCAGAGCCGUGCCCAACAGCUGCUGGCAAUGCUGGUGCCUGUCAGAGCUUGUGCCAAAGCUCUUCGGCGACCUGCUGAUGCUGGUUUCACAGUGGAAGAAGAUUUUGACUAUGUUUGGAUGGAAGAAAGUGAAGAGGAGGAGAUUAAGGAGGAUGAUCCCAUUGUUGAAGUCCUCUCGGAGGCGGGCCAGGAAGAUCAAUCCACUCAAGUGGAAGGAACGGAUGAGCCUGCCAAAGUUGAAAUGCAGGACGCCGAAGGUGAUGCUUCAAGCCAAGGUGAUCCAGAUGCCUUGUUGGCAGAGGUUGAGGAUAUCCUCUAUGCAAAGAAGCCCUCUUCGGACCAGGAUUUGCUGGAUGUGCUUGCAAUGACUGCAUGUCCGCCCAAUCCGAAGGAGCUGCAGCAGUUGCCCCCCUGGCGCCCUGGAGCAGCCCAAAGCCGACGGUUGGACACACUGUGGACUUUUGCGGCCACCCGCAACAAUGCUGAGAACACUCGGUUGUGGCGAUGUGACAAGGUGCGCGAUGCCUUGCUCUCAAGCGCAGAGGCACGUGACGAGAACAAGAUCUCAAUGUGGGAAGACGAGGGUGUUCGAAAGGCCUUCGUUUUGGGGGCCUCCGAGCAGAUCUCAGCCCCACUGGAUGAUGCGACCGGUGAAACCAAGGAGUCUGAAGUCAAACACCUACGACCGCAACGGGUGGAAGUCCGACUACAGGCCAUGCUGGGCCUGUCCAUGCUGGCAGAGUCCGAUGAGCUGCGAGAGGAAAUCUGGAAAGACAAGCGGCUCGUUGCUUCAGUUCAGAAUGCAGUUGAGAGUCCUGGACCACUCAGGCCCAUUGGCUUGCAUGUGCUUCAGCAUCUCUCACAGUCCACUGAGAUCCAGGCAGACAUGGUCAAAUGUGGCAUCCGUGAACUUCUGGCCACGCGGCUGCCGGAUUUGGAGAAACAUCAGCACCGGGCAUGUGAAAUUGCGCAUGACCGGCUGCUCGCAGUUUGAAAAAUCCAUUGGGUGAAAGAUACCCCAUGAAUCAAAACUUUGUCUGGUGAAAAUAGCUGGACAGUGCUGCAGCCAACCCUGCUGCAAACUGACCCUGCAUGUUGCAGUGGCAAUUUGGCAAGUUUUGUUGCAGAAGUGGCCAGUUUGAGGAGCAAGAAGUGCUUGCCAAGCAGGGAUGUACAAAGCCACCCUUGGCUGCGAACUUUCCUAUAUGUAGAGGACAAA